AAGUAGUCGUAUAACAAAACUUUUUAAUAAACGUCAGCAUUUAUCUAAUAAAUUAAAUAUUGCGUUUGUAAAGUUUUUAAGAACAGACUUAUUUGAUUCAGCUCAAAUUGCACAGAAGAAUUCUGAAUCUAAGAAUCAGCACAUUAGUUCUCAUGAUUAUAAAUCUGAAAUGAGUCACUCUCAUCCCAGAGGAAGGGAAUUUAAUGAAUUACAAUCCGUCCUGAUAAAUUCAAGACAAUAACGUUUUGUUUCAAAAACGUUUUUUUCUUUUCUUUUUCUGCUAGAAUAAGCUACAUCUGAAAACAAAAUGUAAUUCCUCAAGAUAAGUUUCAUUAUAAAUAAAUAUUUUUUUUUAAUGAAAGAAUUAUAAGAUAUCACUUAAAGUCACAGAAUAGAGCUGUUUGGUUACAUUUUAAGCCAGCCCUGGUUUUAUGUUUGCUGUUAGUUCUUUUUGGAAUUUCCUGCAUUUCUUCUUCUUCAACAAUCGAUUUCACUCGGAUCUACGUCACUAUACAGAGAAAAGGGUUGCUACUCCCUUUCAUCUCAACAACUCCAGUAAUGUUAACUAAUAAUCACAGAACAUUAUACUCACAAAUCCUCAAUUGCUUUUCUAAAAAUCUAGAAUUGCUUCUGAUUAAAAAUACAAAUAAAAUAAAAACAGCUCUACUUUGAUCCGCCUGUAUGCGUAAAUAACUCAUACCUCUUUAAAUUUUGUAGGAGGACAGCGUUAACCAAUUUUCCACAAUAAAUAAAUAAAGAUUUCCACUCUUUCCAUGGUGAAAGCAAAUGGUCAGUGCUAAUGUUGAGGGAACCUAAGAUAUGAGGCAUAUCAUUUUUUUCUUCAUAAUGAUUUAGACAUCAGAGCGUGCUAUUUGAGGCCUCCAGUACAUAAACAAAUAAACUGACCAAUUUAUUACCACCCACUUUGAUCUCAUUUCUUCUGGCUUCAUUGGAACCAUCAUCACACAUUAAUUGCAAAACUCAUAUAAGGCCUCAGAUAUGAGAGGCUCCACGGGUGCUAGUGUGGUGUGAGUUCGAGUUUAUAUCUUGCAGAUUUAUAUCUGGCAAUUCUGAGAAACAACUUGCAAUUCUGAAAAAUAUAUGAUAUAAAGUCAGACUUGCAAGAUGUAAACUUGCGAUUGCAAAAAAUGAUAUCAGAUAUACACUCAGAAUUAAGAGAGAAAAAAGUCAGAAUUGUGGGAUAUCAACUUGAAAUUGAAAGAAAAAAGUAUGAUAAUUCUGUGUUUUUGAAUUUUUCUUAGAACUGAGAGACAUAACUCACAAUUAUGACAUAUUUCUCAAAAUGAUGAGAAAAGGUAAGAAUUCUGAAAUAAAAAGUUGCAUUUAAAUUGUUUUCUUUCUUUUUUUUAUUCUGUGGUGGAAACAAGUUUCCACAUAAAUGUUGAUACACUUGAAAUGCAAUCAUUUUCUCCAUGUUAACCUUUGCUGAACAGUAAAAUGCAUACAAUAUUAGCAAGUAUUUUAUGUUAUCAACAACAGUAGUUGUACUAUUAGUAGUAGUGCAUUAUUAGUUUUAGAAUUGAACAGAAACACUGCUUUGAGGUCAAGUUAAUAAAGGCAAAUGAAUCAAUAACUGAAAUGGAAGCGAGUUAAGGCUCUCAUACACUUCAUACACAUUCACUUGUGUCAUUACCUAUGAAUGUGCAUGAGCGAAGAGAUACUUCUAGUUAUAGUUCUGUCCUCUGUGUGCAUCUGUUCUGAAUGUUCAUUUAGUAUGUAUCAGUGCAGAUGAUGUAUGUAUAAAGGAUGGCGAUAUGAUGAGUGGAGGCACGCUGACCCUGUGUAGUGAAGUUUGUUUACACUGAGUGCAGGACAUUAUGUUCCUUUAGUUUCAAUAUAUCAGUCAGUCACAGCACUGGUGAUUGAGGAAGGACACUCCGGGCCUCAGAGACGGUUUCACAGGUGUCAGUGCGGUCACGAGCCGACAGCAUGUCAAAGAGCUUCACCUGGAGGCCGUAUUUGUGUUCCUGAUGCCUCUCUCCUGGAUAUGGACGCUUUUAUGCUUUAUAUCAGUUAUACUGUCAAUUUGUGUAAGAUGUAACUGCACAGAUGAAGACACCGAGUCCUUAGGUGACCAGGCCAGUCACGUGAGACACAUGUGGCUGCUCUCAAUGAGGGAUGUGAAAAUGAGAGAGAAAGCAGUCAUAGGGGGGUCUAAUCCAGCUCGACAUCAGCUCCUGUAUUGCCGUGUUGGGAUUGGCUUCCACCUUCAGAUUGUGAUGAACGGCAGUGUUUGGGGCGUUCACGAGCCUUCUGAGCUUGCUGAGAGUGUUUGCUGUCAGGCCAGGAAUAGUGGGUAUCUGUGGUGUGAAGAGCGAGCGAUAUUUGUGCAUGAAUCCGGAGGGAAUCGCACAGGGAAUGAAGAAGUUCUCAAACGAAUGCCUUUUUAAAGAGCACAUGGAGAAG